UUUUAUUUUUCGCUAUUCUGAUUUUCGCUGUUUCGUACCUAAUUCAUUUUUAGAUGGGAACAUUAACAGCGUCAGUUAAUAACUUACAAAUGCAUUCAUUAAUCUCGACAUCUAAUCAUAAUUCCUUAUUCCGGAACAAUAAUCAAAACAAUUCUCUUCUACCUCCUAUAGCUGUUUCGAAUUUGAUUCCAAUGAUUUUACCAUUCGCAGAAAAUCACAUUCGCGAUGUUUGGGCUCAUAAUUUAGAAGAAGAAUUUAGAAUUAUACGAAAAAUUUGUCAAAAAUAUCAUUUUAUUGCAAUGGACACAGAAUUCCCUGGAGUAGUAGCCAGACCUAUUGGGAAUUUUAAAAGUGUUUCAGAUUAUCAAUAUCAACUUCUUAGAUGUAAUGUCGAUUUAUUAAAUAUUAUUCAACUAGGAUUUACAUUUAUGGAUGAAAAUGGUAAAACCCCACCUGGUUAUCUGACAUGGCAAUUUAACUUUAAAUUUAGUUUGAAGAAUGACAUGUACGCCCAGGACAGUAUCGAUUUGUUACAGAAGGCUGGUCUUCAGUUUCAAAAGCACGAAGAAGAUGGGAUAGAUCCUGACGAUUUUGCUCAAUUGCUUAUGAUGUCCGGAACCGUCUUAAUGGAUAACAUUAAAUGGCUCUCAUUCCAUAGCGGAUACGAUUUUGGUUAUCUAUUAAAAUUGUUGACCGUUAGUCCGUUGCCAGCUGACGAAAGCCAAUUUUUUGAGCUGGUGCAAAUAUUCUUCCCGUAUAUCUACGACAUUAAAUACUUGAUGAAAAGUUGUCGCAGUUUAAAAGGAGGUCUCCAGGAGAUAGCCGAUCAAUUAGACCUGGAAAGGAUUGGGCCGCAACACACAGCUGGUAGCGAUAGUUUAUUAACUGGAGCCGCCUUUUUUAAAAUGCGCGAGAUGUAUUUUGAAGAUAGCAUAGACGAUAUAAAGUAUUCCGGUCAUCUUUACGGUUUAGGCGCACCUUACAACACCCUUAACAAUACUUCCACCACGAAUACACUCAUCAAUAAUAACGCUAAUAUCAACAUCAAUAAUUCCAAUUUUAAUAACAAUUUAAAUUCAACUGCCAAUAUUCCACUGUCAAAUAAUGAAUGAAUGAAUUGCAUUUUGAUCGUUAAAGAAAUAUAUUUUAUUUGUAAUAUAUAAGUAUUAUUUAACAGCUAUUUCUUUUUUUUUAAAAAAUAUUUCUUGAAUGUUUGUUUAAUAAUGAUUAUUUUAAAAUAUAUA